AUGAGCAAUAUCUUAUAUGAAGGUGAGAUGGGAAAAUACGAUGAACCACCACAGAGAAAUAAUUGUUAUCCUCUUUAUGACAAUUAUCACGGUAAUACUUCAUCAGCUUCCGCAUCGAACGUUUCCUAUUCCAACCCUCCCAGCGUCCAAGAAGUUUUAGAAACAACUUCAAACAUAGAUAUGUCUGAUUAUUUACAAUGGAAAAAUCCCUUAGAAUAA